AUGUUGCCAAAGAUUGCCACCAACUGUGUUGCUCUGCUAGUGAUGGCAUCCAUGUGGUGGAUGACAUGUCAAGGAUAUGUUGUCCUGGAUGCAGAGACAGAUGGGGAUGACAUGUGGCCAGUUUUGUGUCCACCAAACACUUUCUACAGCAAGAAACAGGACCAGUGCCUUGCUUGCUCACAGUGUCCGGCCAACAAAAUCAUCAUCACCGAGUGCCAUGGCCUACACGACACCUGGUGUGGUCCUCUCUACCAAUCAAAUGCACAAUCACCUCCAGCGAAUGAAACAGGCAACAACCACAGAGGUACUGACCAGGCUUCUCAGACAGCCCACACCAAACACAAACUCGGAGUGUCCAGCCAGGAUAGCACUAAAAGCACUUCUGAAUUUACAGAUUUUGAAUGGAAAUUUGUGACAAUUUGUUUGUUUGUCUUCCUGGCCCUUGCUGCUAUUGUCACUUUUAUGGUGGUUGUUUAUUUAUCUCGACAAAAAGAUUCAAAGGAGAAAAAGAUUCUGUGUGAGUACGCUCCGCCUGUUGAAGCUAUAUGGGACUGGUGA